AUGACAGACGAAGACAUAGAUUCAGGGCCACUGCAACCGGUUGACAAACAGAUAAACGUCAGAAGAGACGGGGACAUUGCUGAAUACAGUGACCCAAACAACGGGGGCAUACCACCCGGCUGGACCAAAGAGGUGAGGCAAAGGAAAAGUGGGAAGAGUGCGGGUAAAUUGGACGUCUAUUUUAUAAGUCCUCAGGGGAAGAGGUUCCGAUCCCGAGCAGAGCUCCAAAAUUACUUCCACACACAGGGAGCUGAGCACCUGCAGCUGAGCCAUUUUGACUUCACUGCACCAAAAAACAAUGACAAGACGGCACCAAAAGAAGAACAGAAGGAGGGGAAGAGAAAGAGUAAACGAAAAGAGAACUCUGCUGAGAACUUGUCUUCACACGUGGCUCUGAAAGAUGAACAGAAACUGAUGGAAAAUGAAGAGAGGAAUAAAGAGGACAUAGGGAGAGAGUGUGAGGGGGAAAAUGAACCAGAUGAAAGACUAACAGAGGAGAGGAAUGAAACGGAGCAGCGGUCAAAUGUGAAAGACGUUAGUCAAGAUGCUAAGACUGGAAUACCAACCCUACUACUGAUACCUGCAUCUGAAAGUGAAGGAGAGAAUGGGAGUGAGAGAGAGUCAGGUGAUGAGAGUGGAGGAGAGAAUGGGAGUGAGAGAGAGACAGGUGAUGAGAGUGGAGGAGAGAAGAAUGAGGAGUGGAGGAGGGAUGAAGGCACAGGAGGGCACUGUUCCCCCACUAGAGACACACACAUGGGGACUAAGUGGCUGAAAGAGAAGCGAAGGACCAGUCCAUACUUCAGGAAGAGGAGAGAUGACCUGAGCCCCCCCAGGCGGAAAGCAUUAAGGAAAUGGACCCCCCCUCGCUCCCCCUUCAAUCUGGUCCAGGAAACCCUGUUCCACAACCCUUGGAAGCUUUUGGUGGCCACAAUCUUCCUGAACAAAACCAGUGGUAAGAUGGCAUUACCAGUCCUGUGGCAGUUCUUUGAGAAGUACCCCACCCCUGAGGUGGUGCGGGACAGCGACUGGCAGCCAGUGGCAGAACUGCUGCAGCCCCUCGGCCUAAACACGCUAAGGGCAAAAACCCUCAUCCGCUUCUCUGAUGAGUACCUUACCAAGCCCUGGCGUUACCCCAUUGAACUCCACGGCAUUGGCAAAUAUGGUAAUGACUCUUACCGCAUCUUCUGUGUGGAGGAGUGGAGACAGGUUACACCCAGUGACCACAAACUGAAUAAAUAUCACGCCUGGCUCUGGGAAAACCAUGAAAAACUUGGGAUGUGACCUUAGUGAAGCUUUUGAGUGAAGCCUGGUGUUUCUGAUGUGUU